CGAAGUAUGAAAAAGUUGACACUUUUGACAGUUCCACGUGUUGGUGAAAUUCGAUAUUAUCACAUGUAAUUUUAAAUAGAUCGAGUAUCGUAUCCUUUAUAGUUUCAUACAGAAUUAAAAAUCCUUGAGGAAUUGAUCAACAGAAUAGCGAAAACAUUGUCAGAAGCAACUGUGCCCGAGGGUUGUUUCAGUUUCAUAUUGUGCGACAAAAGACAUGGAAGAAACUGCAACAGAAAAGGACCAAAAUGUUUUUUCUUCACCGUGGGAUGGUAGCGAUAUUAUUUUGGUCGUUGAAGAUCAAGAAUUUCAUGUUCAUAAGUGGAUUCUAACCUCGCAAUCGCCCGUGUUUAAAGCAAUGCUAGACGGUCGUUUCAUGGAAGCUAGCCAAGACAAAAUCACCCUGAAAGAUAAGGACCUGAAGGUGAUGGAACAAUUCCUAAAACUGCUCUACCCUUGGUCAAUGUUUGAAGAAGACAAGGUAUCUUUCGAUGAUAAGAACUUUUUGUUGCUACUGGCACUUGCAGACAAGUAUCAGUGUGUAAACCUGAUCAAGCAAUGUAUUAAUAAAGUAAAAAUCACAUCAGAAAAUGCAUUGCAAAUCCUGCCCUUUGCUUUGAAGUACCACCAGGCAGUGUUACAUGAUAUAUAUGAUACCAUUAACUGGAGUGCUCCAACAGACAAACUUAAAGAAGAACUGUUGGGUUUAGAAAACAAGGAUGUCCUCAUAGAAAUACUGUUAACCAAGUGCUGUUUUUUGGAAGCUAGUGCUAUUGGGUUGCAUAAUGCUCUAAUGUCUCUGAUGGGUGACUUUAUUAACAUAAAGACAAAGGGGAGAGGGGGAGUAAUCUCAGACUCUCGCUGCAAUCACACCAUCAAUGUUCAAGAGAUAAAUAAAACGAAAAGUUGUGUUCAUUGCAAAGAGAAUUACAAGGAGAAAUUUCUCAAUCCCAUCCUUGGUUGCCAGAGUCCAAAGCAAUUUUUCAACAUUCUUGAAAAAGGGUAUGAUGUUGCAACUGCUGUUGCAAAAGAAAAGAAAAAGAGUCUGUAAGGUACAGUGCAUUAGGCCACUUAAAAACUAGAUUAUUGAUAAACUUGUUUUAUAUUACUGUUUAUUACCUAAUGUAUGUAGGAAGAGACCUUCUUCUAUGGAAUACAAAAUCACAUUUAUAUUUUCGUUGUAUAAAGUUAAAACCUCACAUAAUUUGAGGUCAUAGCUCUAGGCUAAAUAGACCUUAUGCAUAAUGACGUAUCAAGCUGUGACGUCUGCAGGGAAUUCUGGUUUAAAUAG